UGCGAUAAUGGUUUAAUCCGGUCACUUCCUUGUUUUGUGGAAAAGUUUUAUUUUGGAAAGUCUCUGCUCUUUCUCUAGCAUGUAUUGGCGCUAAAUGAUUGGAAUAAAGUUAGUUAGUUUUAUAUUUACAUAAAUGUGGCUUAUGGGACAUAUUCGGUCUCGGUACUAGUUAGUUUUUUUCUGUGGAUUUUAUCAUUUUCUUAUAAAAGGAGUGUGAAAUGGACUUGAGGGAGAAGUUUCCUCUGCACUGGCUGGUUUGGGAAAACGACUACAGACAGCUGGAAAGACUCAUACAAUCGCACAACGUAGAGGCGGUGGACCCGAGAGGACGCACCCCGCUGCACUUAGCCGUGUCUCUGGGUCACCUGGAGUCGGUCCGAGUGCUGCUGAGACACGGAGCCCAGGUCACCAAAGAGAACGCCAAGAACUGGACCGUGCUCCAGGAAGCGGUCAGUACCGGAGAUCCGGAGAUGGUGCAGCUGGUUCUGCAGCGGCGUGAUUACCUCAAAGCCUCCACGGCUCUGGCAGGAGUGCCCGAGUUACUGUGCAAGAUCCGAGAGUCUCCAGAUUUUUACAUGGAGAUGAAAUGGGAGUUCACCAGCUGGAUACCGUUGGUGUCGCGUGUGUGUCCGAGUGACGUGUGUCGUAUCUGGAAGAGCGGCACGAACCUGCGAGUGGAUGCCACACUGCUCGGCUUUGAGAACAUGACGUGGAUCAGGGGGAGGCGGAGUUACAUCUUCAAGGGAGAUGAGAGCUGCGCCGAGCUGAUGGAGGUGAAUCACGACGACGAGCUGGUGGACACGGAGCGCUUCGACAUCACGCGCGAGCUGGACGAGGUCACUCUCGACUCCAUGCAGCCCGACCAACAGGAAGUAGCAAAGCGGCUGACCACGCCCAUCGUCAACACCUUCCUGGACACCAAAGACAUCUCAUUCGAGAGGUGUAAAUCCGGGAUCUGGGGCUGGAGAACAGACAGAACAGAAGUGGUGAACGGGUUCGAAGCGAAGGUGUUCUCCGUCAACAACGUGAACGUGGUGAUUCGCACGAGGACGGAGCACCUCACUGACGAAGAGAAGGCCAGAAUCAAAAGUGAGAGGAACGUGCUGGAGUCUUUUCUGGGGACAGUAGAGCAGCAGAUCAGCGCUCAGGGGGAUUUAACUCUAGAGUACGCGACGGCAACAAACCCAACAGCCAUCACUCCAGAGGAAUAUUUUAACCCGGACUUCGACCUGAAGGACCGAGACAUCGGCAGACCCAUCGAGCUCACCAUCAGAACCCAGAGGUUUAAGGGGACGUUGUGGAUGAGCGAGGAGCACCCCCUCUCUCUGGUGGAGCAGGUGACCCCCAUCAUCGACCUGAUGGCUCGCACCAGCACUCAUUUCGCCCGUCUCCGAGACUUCAUCCAGCUCCGCUUCCCCCCGGGCUUCCCCGUCAAGAUCGAAAUCCCGCUGUUCCACGUGCUCAACGCUCGCAUCACGUUCGGAAACGUGAACAAGUGCAGCACGGAGGAGCCUGCCGACGCGAGCCAAUCAGCCACUACGCCUUCGCCGACAGAGGAAAAGGAAAGCGAGAGCAGUGAAGCUUCAGGUGUCACUCCAUUCCAAGUGUCCCCCUCCGUUUUCACGGUUCCUGCUCACUACCACCAACGCGGGGGCAGCAGACACAUGCACACACACCACCCUUCCAACCACGAUGAGGAGCUGCUGCAGUACGCCAUCCACCGGAGCCUGCUCGAGUCCAACGGCUACAGCACGCAGAACCCUUGGGGUGACUCUAAUGGAGUUUCGACACACAGCGUGGUAGAAAGCCUAAGUGAUGGGAACGUCUCUGAAGGCGUCCUCGUUGAUUUGAGCGAAACCACACCCACCAGCACAGAAUCCACCUCCAGCCCGGACUCCGACCUCCGAUUGGCCAUCGAGCUGUCCACCCGAGAGCAAGAGGAAGAGGAGAGGAGGCGGAAAGAAGAGGAGGAGGAGCUGGAGAGGAUUCUGCAACUCUCACUUACGGAAAAGUGACCGAAAGAAAAGACAGAGAGAGAGAGAGAGAGAGAUGGAGGAAGGACAAAAGGGAAAGUCCGUUUCCUGUUUUGCAGCCUUGGAUCUCGUCAGCAGCACUCGACUUCCACUUCCUGCUCUGCCAUUCAUUAUAUCAUGCUGACGAACGAUCCAUUCUCUAAGAAAAGAAUCAUCACUCAUAGCCUAACCUUAAGAACACACUUUAACUCGCAAUCUAAAGACCACAAAGCUUUUUUUUUUAAAAUGGUAACACUUUCCUCUGUUAUUUUUCUGCCUUUCCUGAGAUGAUGAUGCUGCUGCGUUUCGGAGAAAAACUCUGAGCUGCUUCACUGAGACUGUGUGAGAGAGUAACGUCUCUGAAAGGCCAAACAUGGUGUCUGUGUGUGAGUCUUUAGGUAUGUGUGUGUGUGUGUGUGUGUGUGUGUGUUGUAUACGUAUCAGAACCGUAAAAGCAAGCUCUGUCGAGUUUUACAUUAUCUCAGGGUUCUCAUGGGUUCUUUUAGCCACGUUGAUGACACAGAGGAGGUUUGAGAUUAGAGAACUUUCCGGUAACUCCUAUAGAACGACCAGUUAGAGUUCCAACCUCGCGCUUUGAUUAGUUAUAAAUAGGCAUGGGCCGAUAAUCAGAUACAGCAUGUACUCUGAUGCACGAUAUUAGCUGCUAUAAAUUCACAUGAACUCACCUAUUCCACAUACGUUAAAUGUAACUACAAGCGGAUAAAAAGCACGAUGUAGUUCAUUAAUAAAAUAAAAAUAGUAAAAAUUGGUAAAUUGCUGUGGUAUAAGAAGCGGAAAACACUCGGGGACAUGCUGUUCUAGAAAAAGAAUCAACUUCGGUGGUUACAGUAACUCUUCUUCAUCCCACCACCCUGUCACUGAUUAUUUUACUAUAACAGCACAACACGCAGUGUUUUAUUCCUUACUUAUUAAAUUCUGAUGGAAGGUAGCAUUGUUUCUUUUUUUGUGCUUCCAAGACAAAGUGCAUCUAAUAAUCCAAUUCCUUCCUUUUUGUUCAGUUAUAAUGCUAUCUAAAGAGAAAAGUUUAUUUAUACAGUGUUGUGAUAAAGUUAAAAAUCAUAACACAACUCUAGAUAAGGAUUAGAAUAUGAAAAUGUGAUAUAUCGGCACAUGUCUAUUUCCGGAGUAAGCACACACAGGGCUAACACGGCUAAUAUCAGCUGAUCGACUGCAGCUUGAAGUAGGAUCCUUUUUUGCCUUCUGUAUUCUUUAAUAAAUAUAAAUAUGUAAACAGAAAGAUUGUUUAGAUUGUAACUAAACUGCGCAGUACAGGUUCAAGAUAUCCGCUCACUUGUGUUAGCAUUGUUAGCCGGUUUAGGACACGAACACCUCGACUCCAAAAGCAAUACUGAAACCACCGUGCCUCUGCGAGUGAGACAGGACAAGAGAUAAAGAUGUUGUAGCAUACACCUAAGCCUGAAAUUUGCACCACGGCUUCACGGUAUAGUGUUUAUUCGUAUAAAUGCGCAACUUUGGGGUACAGUAUUGAAGUUUGUGUGAAAUUUCCAUCACUUCCUGUUUGACAGCUGGCUUUUUUUUUUGGAUGUUAUCUGGCCUUAUGAGACUCUACGGGUGUCUAAUUUAUAUCUAGACCGUUGGUUUGGAGUGUUAAGCUCCAUCACUGUGAGAUGGAGGAGUAGAGGAAGAUUCCACCUUUCCCUGCGUCCCCAUGCUGUGUGUAAACCUGUCAAACCCCGCACAACUCACAAGUGGCCUCUUGCAGCACAAGAGAAGGACGAGAGCAUAACAGGAACAAUGUAGUUAGAGAUUUAUAGUCAGUUUGCUUGAAACUAGCAGAGUAAAUCAGUUACGCUAGCUCUCAGGGCCGUAUUCAGAGGUUGCAACUUAAGCCCUUAAGUUACACCAGUAUUUACACAGGGAAAGUUCCUUGUAUUCAGAGUCUGGUUACGCACACUUAACUAGAUUCUGCUGCACACUGACAUCACUGAAAUCACCUGUGUGUUGUUCACGCCUAGAAACGUGCGAGUCGGGAUUUUUCAAUAGCAGGUAGACCACUACCUUUAAACACAAGCCCUUGCCUUUAACCCUAAAAGAAUCAGGGAUGGAAAACGUGGAACGGAGAAGGAAAAGCAGGAUUUUUUCCCCUUGCUGUCAAAUGUAAUAUAACAAAGUCAAGAGACGAUUGCUGCAUGAUAAGUCCUACAUGUAAUUAUUACAUUAAUCACCGCACAUUUGGUUGAAUUUAACAAAAUGGCUUCCACACUCAUUAUUCAGCAGAUUAUAAAAUAGCACUUGAUCUAGCACAUUAUAUUAUUUUGCAUUUUGUUUAUUUAUUUUUAUAUCAUUCUCCGGCAGUUAAUUGUUCGCACAACUUAUUCAAGCUACGCGAUACUAAAUCGAGGUCAUGCGCAGGAUAUAGGCUAAUUGUCAUGCUUCUAAUUCACAAUUUUGUUCAAUUAAUAAUAAAAUAAUGCCAAAUUCUGAGUGUGGCCCACAGACAGGAUGGAGCAUGUGGCUAAGUAAAAACCCAAACUAAUGAAUAAAAUGUAGCUAAAAUAUGUUGUGCUUUUGAUAUAUUAAGGAUAUUAUUGUUUUGGUUGUUUAGAAACAGGAUGAUGUGCCAUGAUUCAGUGUUAAAAAGAAAAAUCAGAGACAUUGUGUGUUAAAUCUAAACUCACUGAAACCAAAACGAAGAGGUGAAGUCAACAAGGGCGUAUUACUGUGUUGGAACGUAGCCGGAUUGUAGUGCGAAUUUUCCACUUCUGCUGGUAUUGUAGCAAACACAACUAGCUCUCUCUCUCUCACACACACAAACACACGCUGCUUUUUUGUUAGUACAACUGAAGAAACCUUCAGCAGCGUGAAUGGAAGCAGUAUCCUUAUUUUAUAACAGAGAAAAAUUAUGAUUUUAUUUUUUAUCCGAAACUAAAACAUACAAAAUGACUGUGAUUGUCAACAGUAUAUAAGCAAGUUUUUUUUUUUUUUUCAAAUUUCUGGUGGUUUCUUGGGUUUUUAAAGGAACUAAUUGCCAAACGUGAUCAGUUUUACCAUAUCAGGGUUUAUCAAUGGCUAAUUUUCACAGCUAAUGAACUGUUUUAUGAGCUGAGUGUAUAGUAAACUGUAUCAUCUGUUGGAGGUAACAAAAAAAAACUUUUCACUUAAUAAAAGCACUUUAUAUAA